CCGAGACUUUUAGAGAAGGUGCGCCUGAGAGGAGAGAUCCUGCAACAGAGAAAGGAAAAGUGAGGCGGGCAUGGAGAGGAGAGACAGGGAGAGAGAGAGGGAGAGGGAGAGAGGGAGAGGGAGAAUAGGACAGAGGACUGCUUUAUAGCUGCUAAGACUGCAGACAGAAAUAGCAGGCAACCACUGUGAGCUGCAUCCGACUCAGAAACCAAGACCAAAUUUUAUUCAAUCUUCUUAAUCAGUUGAUCAGAAUGGAGGAAAUGACAUCUGGUCCUGUCUUCAUCUACAUCUUAAUGAUGGGAAAGUAUUUCUCCCUUGGGCACGCACAGGAGGUCAAGUGUCCCCUGGGCUUCUUCCCCUGCGGGAAUGUCACCAAGUGCCUGCCUCAGCAGCUGCACUGCAACGGGGCAGACGACUGCGGGAACCAGGCUGACGAGGAGAACUGCGAAGACAACAAUGGAUGGUCUCUGCAACUUGACAAAUAUUUUGUCAGUUAUUACCAGAUGACGUCCCAGCAUCCCUUUUACCCAGAAAUACCCGAAUGCUGGCUUGGUUCUGUGCCCGGGCAUUGUUCCUGCCGAGGUCUAGCCCUCUACUGUGAUGAAGCCGGUUUACAAGCUGUCCCAACUGUUUCUUCAAAUGUGACUGUGAUGUCACUUCAGCGGAACUUCAUGAGAAAACUUGCUCCCAAUGCCUUCAAGAAGUACCACAAUCUUCAGAAGCUGUACCUGCAAAACAACCAGAUUCGAUCUGUAUCCACCUUUGCUUUCAGAGGAUUGCACAACCUUAAUAAACUGUAUCUCAGUCAUAACAGAAUAACCUUCCUGAAGCCCGGUGUUUUUGAAGAUCUCCACAGGCUCGAAUGGCUGAUAAUGGAAGAUAAUCACCUCAGUCGAAUUUCCCCACUAACGUUUUAUGGCCUAAAUUCUCUUAUUCUCUUGGUGCUGAUGAACAACGUCCUCACACAUUUGCCUGAUAAACCUCUCUGUCAGCACAUGCCAAGACUACACUGGCUGGACUUUGAAGGCAACCAUAUCCAUAAUUUAAGAAAUCUGACUUUUAUUUCCUGCAGUAAUUUGACGGUUUUGGUACUGAGGAAAAACAAAAUCAACCACUUAAAUGAAAAUACUUUCGCACACCUCCAGAAACUAGAUGAAUUGGAUUUAGGAAGUAAUAAGAUUGAAAAUCUUCCACCGCGUGUAUUUAAGGAUCUGAAGGAGCUGUCACAAUUGAAUAUUUCCUACAAUCCAAUCCAGAAAAUUCAAGCAAAUCAAUUUGAUUAUCUUGUCAAGCUCAAGUCUCUCAGCCUAGAAGGAAUUGAAAUUUCUAAUAUCCAACAAAGGAUGUUUAACCCUCUCUGGAAUCUCUCUCACAUCUAUUUUAAGAAAUUCCAGUACUGUGGCUAUGCCCCGCAUGUUCGCAGCUGUAAACCCAACACAGAUGGGCUCUCCUCCCUUGAGAACCUCCUGGCCAGCAUCAUUCAGAGGGUGUUUGUCUGGGUUGUAUCUGCUGUCACCUGUUUUGGAAACAUUUUUGUCAUCUGCAUGCGACCUUAUAUCAGGUCUGAGAACAAGCUGCAUACCAUGUCAAUCGUUUCUCUCUGCUGUGCCGACUGCCUCAUGGGAGUGUACUUAUUUGUCAUCGGGGCUUUGGACCUCACGUUCCGCGGAGAAUACAAUAAGCACGCACAGCUGUGGACAGAGAGUACGAACUGCCAGCUUAUGGGCGCUCUGGCCAUUCUCUCCACCGAGGUUUCAGUUCUACUUUUGACCUUUCUGACUCUGGAAAAAUACAUCUGUAUUGUGUAUCCUUUUAGGUGUUUAAGGCCUCGAAAAUGCAGAACCAUUACAGUUCUGAUCCUCAUUUGGAUUGCUGGGUUUAUAGUGGCUUUCAUUCCGCUCAGCAACAAGGAAGUGUUCAAAAACUACUACGGCACCAAUGGAGUGUGCUUCCCUCUCCAUUCAGAAGAUACAGAAAGUACUGGGGCCCAGAUUUAUUCUGUCGCAAUUUUUCUCGGCGUGAACUUAGCGGCGUUUGUCGUCAUUGUGUUUUCCUAUGGGAGCAUGUUUUACAGUGUUCAUCGAAGCACCAGGACAGCAACUGAAAUAAGGAAUCAAGUUAAAAAAGAGAUGAUCCUUGCCAAGCGGUUUUUCUUUAUUGUAUUUACAGAUGCAUUAUGCUGGAUACCCAUUUUUGUACUAAAAUUUCUUUCACUGCUUCAGGUAGAAAUACCAGGUACAAUAACCUCUUGGGUGGUGAUUUUUAUUCUGCCUAUCAACAGUGCUUUGAACCCAAUUCUUUAUACUCUGACCACAAGACCAUUCAAAGAAACAAUCCACCAAUUUUGGUACAACUACCGGCAAAGAAGGUCUAUUGACAGCAAAGGAAGUCAGAAAAAGUUCCUUCCAUCAUUCAUAUGGGUAGAGAUGUGGCCAUUGCAAGAGAUACCCCUGGAGUUCAGGAAGCCAGCUGCUUUGACCAACCCCUGUGAAGUAUCACUGGUUUCUCAAACAACUCAACUCAAUUCCUAUUCAUAGCUGACUCAAAAGCACAUUUCUUCACAGACAAUACAGUGGGGUGCUCCAGGAGGGAUUUCUGGGCAUGAAAUAAAUACCAUAAAAUUAAUAGUUUAUAAUAAUGGCUAAGACAAAUUAGCUUACAGGGACAUAAAAGAAACAGCAGUUAAAGCUUAUUUAAAAGAAAGUAAUUAUAAUUAUAAACAUAAUGUGUACAUGUAAGUAUAUAUUUUGCAUAAGAAAUUAAGAUAAAUCCACCUCAGAGAGGUUAACUUGUUCUUCUAUCAUUCCUUUAUGGAGCACCCACUAUGUACAUUGCAUUACAGUAGAUCACGGAAAACAGGCAGCAUGGAAGGAACCUUCUCAGCCUGUGAGUUGUGCUCCACUACAAAAGACAACACAAAGUCCAUCCACUGAGCCUAUUUUAAAGUCACGUCUCAUGUGGCAUGCGUAUCAGAGAAAAUAUGUCUGCAAAACACAAAUAUUCCAUUUUAAGAAUUCUUAUCUCUCUUCAAUCUCCAUACACCUGAAAGCCAGUACAACAUAUUUGCUACUGUGAGCAAAAGAUACUUUUCUACAAGCCCUGAACAACAUCUCAGUCACUUCUUGCUCAGUUUUCUCUUUGCUUCGCAUCCUCCUACGGAAUUAGGACAGCAGGGGUACUGCAAAGGAGCAAGCCAGAAAGUGAGAAUGAAGAUGAACAUUUAGAUCAGUGGAAGAGAACUGAGUCCGGAAAUAAAAAAGCAGGUUUUCAGUCCAUCAGCUUUUAAUGAGGGUGCCAAGAUCACCAAAGGAAUAAAGAAUGAUGUUUCCAACGAAUGAUGCUGAGACACCUGAAUAUUCACGUGAAAAAGAAAAAAAUUGAAUGCAAACUUCACAUAAUCUACCAAAGUCAAUUAAAAUAUAAGAAUCAAAAUAUAAAAUUCUUAGAAGAAAACAUAAUGGCAAAUCUUCAACACUGGAUUUUCCAAUAAAUUCAUAGAUCUGAUACUAAAAGCAUGAGCAAAAAAGGAAAUAUAAAUAAAUUGGGUUUCUUCUAAAUCAAUUUCUGUGCAUCAAAGGAGUUUAUUAAGAGAGUAAAAAGACAACCUACCAGGAUAUGAGAAAUAAUGCAAGUCUUUUCUCUGAAAAAGGUUUACCAGAUAGAAUAUACAAAGAACUCUUACAACACAACAUUAAAAAAAUUUAAAUAGACAAAGAAUUUGAAUAAGCAUAUAUUCGAAAAAGUUUUACAAAUGACCAAUAAGCACGUAAAAAUGUGUCUCACAUAACCUGUCAUUCCUGAAAUCUAAAUUAAAGCCACAAUGUGAAAACACUUCUCA